AUGACAGAAGAAGAGUUUUCUGCUGUUUGUUAUGGUGGAAAUAUCACUGACAUUUCAUGUGUGGAUUCUGAAACUAGUGACGAUUGGUCAAGCUUGUCAGAGGCUACUUGUACUGUAGAAAAUGGUCUACAAUGUGACAAUAUACCAUUACCAGACAUCCCUCCAUGUAGAGACUACAAGAUAAGAUACAUGUGCCAGUGCCCAGAUAUACCACCCUCUAAAAUACAAGUAAACUGUGCAUGGUCUCCCUGGCUGAAUGCUGACAGGCCAGAGAGUGGCAUGGGUGACAUUGAACGUAUUAUUGAUAUCAAAACAAUGUUUGGUGUGUGCUCUAAUAUUAUCAACAUAGAAUGUCGUGUGGCCGGUACAGAGACAUUGUUCUCUCAGUCUGGAGAAAAUCAUCUAGCAUGUGACUUCCUUAAUGGAUUCCGCUGUUAUAACAGUGAGCAAAGUGAUGGUCACUGCCUUGAUUACGAAGUGCGAGUGCUGUGUUGGGGAGAUCAAUGUUCAGGCAAACCAGAAUCCACAAAAGCACCUCAGCUGACAACUCCUGGUUUACUUGACACUGCAAGGACAACAGGCUCUUGUUUACCGGGAGAAGAAUGGCAUAGCUGUGCUUUCACUUGUGAUGAAGUCUGUGAUUAUAUGGGUCGUUCAAGUGGGGCAUGCAAAGGUAUUCCGACUCCAGAAGAUAACUGUGUGCCUGGAUGUCGUAGAUCACAGGCAGUAACUAACAUCACUUGCAAAGACAAUGAGAAGUUUAUCGACUCUCGUACUUGUGUCCCUAAAGCAAUGUGUACAUGCCUUAGGCCAGAUGGAACAGCUGCAAAGGCCUUUGAAACAUGGGAGAACCCUGAGCGUGAGUGUUCCAUGUGUAGUUGCUUCAACGGAGAAGCCAUCUGUAGUAGCUUGGAUGGAUGCUCUACAACACUUCCUCCACCUGGUGCUACAACACCUGUACCACCACCUCUGUGUGGCUGGAGUGAAUGGAUGAAUGAAAACAUACCAAGCACAAAUUCUGGAGGUGACUUGGAGUUGCUAUCAACCCUGCAGAAAUUGUACCACAUUUGUGCCAACCCGACUCGUAUAAUGUGUCGUGAUGCAACCACCCUGAAGGAAGCAGGUGAUAGUGGACAGAAUGUCUCCUGUGAUUUGGAGUAUGGCUUGAAAUGUUUUGACUAUCAAAAUCCUGGCAGAUGUUAUGAUUAUGAAAUCACUGUUUACUGCCCCUGUGUUGCACACUUAACCUCACAGUCACCUAGUCACAGCAACCCUACUCCAUCAUAUAAUGCAAGUUCUCCAGGAUGUGGUUGGACUGACUGGAUGAAUGGCCAGCAACCUAGUGAUAUGGGAGAGGAAGAAAGCAUUUCCCAACUCCGUUCCCAGUACAUGUUCUGUGAUACAGCAGAUAUAACAGCUGUGGAAUGCAGAGACUCAUCUUCAAAGAAGACUGCAGAAGAGCUUGGGCAGGUGAAUGUCUUGUGUGACCUCAACUAUAGUGGACUGAAAUGCUUUGACUUUGAUCAGCCGGAUGGACAUUGUGCAGACUAUGAAGUCAGAUUUCAGUGUGAAGCAAGUCACUGUCACAUCACUUCUAGCACCUCAUCAACUGUUAAAGGUCAUACCCCACCACCGACAGCUGGAAUUGAUAAGACUCCUUCAAUUACAGUCAAUGACAACACAAGACCAACUCCCAGCAAACCAGAUACUCAGACUCCAAGACCAUGCUCAUCUGGAUGGUCUGACUGGAUUAACAGAGUGUCUCCAUUAAAUAGCUCAGGAGACAGCGAGACAAUGACAGCAGAGGAGAAAACAGCUUUCUGUCCUGAUGGAGAUCUUACAGACAUUGAGUGUAUUGACUCAGAAACAGGUGAUGACUGGUCAAGUCUGGCUGAGGCAACCUGUUCUUUAGAUGAUGGUCUGUUUUGUCAAAACCUGCCAUUUGAAGGCAUUCAGCCUUGCAGAGACUACAAGAUUAGAUACAAAUGCAAAUGUGCAGCAGGUCAUACCCCACCACCGACAGCUGGAAUUGAUAAGACUCCUUCAAUUACAGUCAAUGACAACACAAGACCAACUCCCAGCAAAUCAGAAACUCAGACUCCAAGACCAUGCUCAUCUGGAUGGUCUGAUUGGAUUAACAGAGUGUCUCCAUUAAAUAGCUCAGGAGACAGCGAGACAAUGACAGCAGAGGAGAAAACAGCUUUCUGUCCUGAUGGAGAUCUUACAGACAUUGAGUGUAUUGACUCAGAAACAGGUGAUGACUGGUCAAGUCUGGCUGAGGCAACCUGUUCUUUAGAUGAUGGUCUGUUUUGUCAAAACCUGCCAUUUGAAGGCAUUCAGCCUUGCAGAGACUACAAGAUUAGAUACAAAUGCAAAUGUGCAGAUGAUAUUCAGCAAACUGAGCAGUCACAACACUCUCAACAAUCUCUGCAGUCACAACAGACUCAGCCACCCAAACAUUUGCAAGAGUCUAAAGUUAAGAGAAGUGUGAGUGACUCGGUUUUAUCACCACCAUCAGUCUCUGAACUUCAAAUUCCAGAGGAAUGUAUUGAAGAAAUGGGUCUCAAGUCCGGCCGCAUACAAAACAGCAUGAUCACAGCAUCAACUUACCGUGAUGAGAAUCAUGGUCCACAUCAAGCUAGGCUUGGCUCAGCCAGCAGCUGGCUGGCAGCAGUCAGUGACAAGCAUCAGUACAUACAGGUUGACGUUUUGGUCCCAGUUUACCUAUCAGGAAUAACAACACAAGGCCAACAUGAUGCAGCAUCCUAUGUCACAUCAUACAAGAUUCAGCACAGUUCAGAUGGUGUUAAAUGGAGCCCAUACAGAGAACACGGAAUUGAUAAAUUGUUCCCAGCAAACAGAGACUCACAGACUCCAGUGACAAAUAUGUUCUACAAACUGGUCCGUGCCCGCUACUUGCGCAUCAGUCCUCAAACAUGGCAAGGAAGAAUUGCUAUGAGAUUUGAAGUUCAUGGGUGUUUACAAGAGUAUGCACGUUCUGUUGUGCCCACUUUCAAUGAAAAGGUACACACAGAGAAACACAUAACUCAGAAGAAAUCACCACCACCUCUGAGUUUAGAUAUAGUUGACAGCUGUGUUGAAUGGGAUGUGUGGGUUGACACAUAUCAACCAAGUUUAGUCAACAAAAAUGACAUUGAGCCUCUAAGCCAUAUUAUCAAUGCAUCUCCUCACUGCAAAGAUCCAAUAAAUAUUGAAUGUCAAACUGCAACACCUGACCAUUCUGCUGCAAAGAGCACCGGACAAAAAGUAGUGUGCAAUCUGUGGGAUGGUUUAUUCUGUAACAGUUCUCUGAGUGAAGAGCCUCUUUGUUUCAACUAUGAAGUCCGACUAGGUUGUUUGAAGCAGACACCAGAAUGUGUUUCAGGAAUACCAAGAUCAGGAGGAACUGUCAGAUCAGACAUUCAGCCAUCCAAGUUGUGUUAUCCUGAAGUUGAUGCCUCUCAUUGCCCAAGAUGUGCUGAGGGAUAUUACUGUGAUGGAUUUAAAUGUGUACUCAGGAGUGAAUGUCCUUGCAAGAUAGACAAUAAAAUACUUCGGCCUGGUGGAGUGACACGCAUUUCAACCUGUGAAACUUGCCAGUGCCUUGCAGGUGAAGUAAUCUGCAUGCCAAAAAUAUGUCCAGCCUGCUCUCUUGGAAAGGCAGAACUAAACAGUAGUAGUUGUAUGUGUCAGUGUGAGCAGUGCAGCUCCAUGGAGUUCCAGUGUGCAACAGGCUUAUGCAUUCCAAGAAGCAGACGGUGUGAUGGAAUUAUUGACUGUGCCAAUGAUGAAGAUGGAUGCUCAUCCAUUCCUCUGCUCAAAAUACCAGUAGGCUGGGUGAAACGAGAAGUCGCUAACAUUACUGACAACUGCCACAGUGUGAUGUGCAAGGAACUGAAGCAGCCAGUACUGAGAGAAGGACAAACAGCUAUACUGCAAAGAACACCAGAUGGAUGCUGCCUGGAGUAUGUGUUGUGUGACAAGAGCCUGUGUCCUUCUCAGCCCACACAGUGCUCCGCUCCCAUGGCUCUGCAGAAACUGGAGACAAACAAUACAUGUUGCGUGCUAUCCCAGUGUGUAUGCCCAAGAGAAUGUCCACCUGUGUUGGAACCAAAAUGUUCUGAUGGCUAUGAAAUUGUGGAGAUACUUCAAGACUGCAACUGCAUGACAAAAGCAUGUGGACAGAAAAUGGAACCACUCUGUCAUUAUAGCCUGACUCACAAACAUCUCAGUGGAAUCACAGUCUCCUUAGUGGUGCCUCAGACUGCUACCUUCAAGAUCAACGACACCUGGACAGAUGGUCUCUGUAAGACCUGUACCUGUCUAAUGACAUCAAGUGGUAGCCCAGAAACUUCCUGUCAAACACAGAUUUGUUCAAAAUGUCAGACUGAUGAGGUGAAGGUAGACAGACAAGACCAAUGUUGUGGUGAAUGUCACAAAAUCCGAGGGUGUUAUAUUAAUGGAACACUUUAUAAACCUGGGCAGACAAUCCCGACAAACAGAAAGUGUUUUACUAGAACCUGUGAACAAGACAGUCUAGAGAAGAGAUUUAUCAUUCAGGAGACACAGGUUACCUGCCCACCUGUCAGCACAUUACCUACAUGUGAACCGGGACAAGACAGCUUUGACUCCUCUGAGUGUUGCAUGAAGUGCAUUUCACAAAAAAUGGUACCAAGAAGUCCAACUGGCAACACAGCUGGCAGAUCUUGUACAACAAGACCUGUGUUUAGUCAUCCCAGAGACUCAGUUGGCUAUUUCCAAGUAGCAAUGUCUAAUGGCCAUACUUGUCACAACACAGAGCCCGUCACAGAUCUUCUAGAAUGUUCUGGCUUCUGUGGGUCAAGCACUAGUUUGAAAGAGCUUAUGCAGGGAUACCAGAAUACAUGCCUUAGCUGUCAAGUUGUGAAAAUGUCAAUGCAUUCUGUAAAACUAACAUGUACUGAUGGUUCAUAUCUUGACAAGACUUAUGAAGUACCAGAACUAUGUGUCUGCAAUAUUUGUCAAGAUCAAUGA